AGAGUUACUGGGAUCUGCUAAUACCACGGGUCACUGUUCAGGACUGUUAAUGAACCCAUGUAUUUCUGGAUUCUAUUUUUCAUCGCGGCCUUCAUCGUUUUGAUUAGGAAUAGGAGGAAGCGAGAUGUGAUAGCUUUCUUCCAUCCGUACUGCAAUGCUGGUGGUGGUGGGGAACGAGUCCUAUGGUGCGCUAUUCGGACAAUGCAGCAGAAAUGGCCACAUCUGCAGUAUUACGUCUACUCUGGAGACUACGAUGCCACAAAAGAGCAGAUUCUUUUGAAAGCGAAACAGCGGUUCGGUAUCACUAUCGACCCGAGAAAUGUACAUUUUGUAUUCCUCCGGUUGCGACCUCUGGUUGAGGCAUAUCUCUAUCCUCGUUUUACUCUGCUAUUUCAAAGCCUUGGUGGACUGUUCUUAGGACUUGAAGCUCUGCUGAAGUUGAACCCGUCGGUUUUUAUUGACACCAUGGGAUACAAUUUAACACUACCGUUAUUUCGGUGGAUUGCUGGUAGCAGAGUAUCUGCGUACGUCCAUUAUCCGAUCAUCUCCUGUGAUAUGAUUGAUUUGGUUUCACGGAGGGAGCGUACCUACAAUAAUGCGGAUUUCAUUGCACAAAACGACUUGCUCAGCCACGCCAAGUUGGCCUACUACCGGAUGUUCGCAUUCUUCUAUGGCUUAUCGGGCAGGGCUGCUGAAGUCGUUAUGGUGAAUGGAAGCUGGACCGGCGGUCACAUAAAACGAAUCUGGGGAUGCGAUGUGAAUGUCGUUUUUCCUCCUUGCGAUGUGUCAUCUUUUCUAAACCUGGAACAGAUAUCAGAAGACAAAUUUGCUCAUGAUAGAGUACUAAGGAUAAUAUCGAUAGGGCAGAUCCGCCCAGAAAAGAACCAUCAGCUACAACUUGAAGUGUUGCGUUCGCUCAAGGAGAAGCUGCAAGAGCGACGUGACGACGAAGUCACGGUUGAAUUGACCAUCGCUGGAGGAUGCCGAAAUACGGAGGACCAGGCUCGGGUGCAGAAGUUGAAGAGUCUUUCGAAAGCCUGGGACUUGACUGAGAAUGUGAAGUGGAAGCUCAAUGUGGUUUACGAGGAACUAUUAGAUGCUCUUUCGGAGUCAAUGAUAUCCAUACACACGAUGUGGAAUGAACACUUUGGCAUAUCCGUCGUUGAAGGCAUGGCUGCUGGUACCAUCAUGUUGGCGCAUGACUCCGGUGGCCCUGAACUGGACAUUUUACGCCCUGCCGAUUUGAAUAAGCAAGAGCAACCACUUGGAUUCCUUGCUUCGACAAAAGAGGAUUAUGUGCAGCUCAUUCAACAUAUUCUGGAUAUGUCCCGAGCAGAACGAGAACAAAUUCGAGAAGCUGCUCGUUCGUCAGUGAACAGAUUUAGCGAACCUGAAUUCGAACGUAACUGGAUGCACGCUGUUGAACCAUUGCUGUCGUAGCUUUAUUUGCUCUUUUUAGGGUAAAGAUUUGUGAUACUGAAUUUACCUUGGCAGUUUAGCUCAUUAUAUAUCUAUAGAAGGGAAUCCUCACUAUUUGUCCAAAAGAAAUGCCUUUGUUGUAGCAGCUUGAUUAAAAAAACUUGUAGAUAUAUAUUUUUUUUUCUGGAAACUGAGUUUGAAGCUAGUGGUCUGUGGAGGCUUUCCUCAACACCAACUGUUGGCGUAAUUUCUCAGUUUACUGCAAGCUAUGAUGCCCAAAUUGGUCACCAAAGGCCGCAAAUCCAUCAUGUAUACAUGCAUCGCAGAGCUAGUGUUCUAAAUUGAAUAGGUAAAUCACAGAGGUUUUGUCUUGGGUUAGGAAUGCUUGUAUCAUUGUAUGUUUUUACACUCUAUCUUUAUCUCAUGUUUGUUGAUGAUAAUAAUAAAGAUCUUCAUUU